CCCUCUCCCACAACUUAGGGCACGGUUGCCUCCACUCCUGCCGCAGAACACCGCCCGUCGAGGUUUGCUCCCCUUCCCGCCCAGCGAGUGCUCCGGCCACACGCUACGUCAACUGCAGGGCGGGCCCAUCCACCAUUUCGUCCACACCGCGCUGCGCCUCCGUUCAUCUCCGUUGCAGUGCGCGGCCUUCCUCUCCUGAGCUUUUCAGAGUCCUUUCGACUUCAAUGCUGAAUUUUCCACCUUUUACCUCCUUUAUGGUUCGUUUCGAAUCGAUCGAUUGAUUGAUGUGGUUUGAAUCUUUCGAUUGGGGUUUUGGAGCCCUAGAUUUGUCCCUAGGGUUCGAACAGGUGGACGGCGAGGACGACGAUUCGCAGGCGGAGUUCAACUGCCCCUUUUGUGCUGAGGAUUUCGAUUUCAGUGGGGCUUUGUUGCAACAUCAAUGACGAGCACCACGUUGAGGCUAAAAAUGGGGCCAUUUGGAUUAGGAACAUGGGACCUGGUUGAUUCUUAUCCAGUUUGCAUUGGCUAAACUCCACACUUCUCGAGCCACAAAUAACAAGUGAGGGAAGAAAUCACGUGUGGGACUAUCGUUGUUGAAGUCGUCUACUUCUUUUGUUUGAAGAUUAGGAUUAAUGUUCUUCGAUGGCCAAUAGCAAAUUUGAGUAUGUGAAGGAGUUCGAGACUGAUGAUAGGUUGCCACCCAGCAAUUGGAUUGUGGUGAGAAUUGAUGGAUGCCAUUUUCACCAAUUUUCUGUAGAUCACGCAUUUGAGAAACCCAAUGAUGAGAAUGCCUUGAACCUGAUGAAUGCGUGUGCAGUCUCGAUGCUUGAGCAGUUCCCAGAUAUUGUAUUUGCUUAUGGUGUGAGCGAUGAAUAUAGUUUUGUACUGAAGGAGACAAGUCAAUUUUAUCAGAGACGAGCAAGCAAAAUACUUUCACUCACUGUCUCCUACUUCACUGCUGUGUACGUGAUGAAGUGGAAAGAGUUCUUUCCCCACAAAGAUUUGAAGAGGCCGCCAUUUUUUGAUGGGCGAGUUGUAUGCUAUCCAAGAGCGAAGAUCAUUCGAGAUUAUCUUUCAUGGAGGCAAGUAGACUCAGGUCAUAUUAACAAUCAAUACAAUACUUGCUUCUGGAUGCUAGUAAAGUCUGGGAAAACAGAAAGGGAAGCACAAGAAAUGUUAAAGGGUAUGCUGUCAAAAGAUAAGAAUGAGCUUCUUUUUCAACAAUUUGGUGCAAAUUACGACAAACUACCAGCCAUGUUUCGCAAAGGGUCUUGUGUUUACAGAGAUAAGGUGGAAGAAACAGUGAAGUUUGACUUGACCGGCAAUCCUGUCAAAAGAAUUCGAAAGAAGGUUGUUCUCGGACACUUUGACAUUGUCGGUCCCAAUUUUUGGCGUGAACAUCCGGAAAUUCUUGAAGAAGAUUAAGUAAUCGAGCAACUUUAAAAUGAAGGUCUUAAUAGUAGACGCUUUGACAUUUUCGUCUCUCAAUUCAGAAAUUCUUGAAGAAGAUUUAAGUUAUCUAGCUGGAAAAAUGUCUUCUUUUUACUCAACUCCUUUUCAAUUCUUCUGUACAUUUGCUACAUUAGCUACAUUUACUACAUCAACAUCUUGUUUAUUGUAAUUUUGGCGUAAGCACACUUCUUAACAACCUGAAUUUUUAUUUUAUUUUAUUU